AUGUUUUUUAUCCAAAUGUAUAUGUUCGGCACGCCGACUUUAAACCUCUCUUUGUGUCCCAUUUUGUCUCACUUAGGAGACGGGCAAGAAAAGAAAGGAAAAAAUUAUAUUUCAGAUUGCCAAAAACGGCUGCGAAAGACUGAGAAUUCAUUCACUGCAAAUAUUUUUUCCUACAAUCUCUUUUUCUUUAUCGCUUUCUCCCCGCUCUCUCUCUCUCUCUCUCUCUCUCUCUCUCUCUCUCUCUCUCGCACACAUUUUUUUAGUUUUUAUUAUUCUCUUUCACUCAUGAAUUCCAUAUUUUUCAUUACUCUUUCUUUGCGUUCAUUUUCUUUCCUUCCUUCCAAUGUCCUACUCUUUUCACUUCUUUCUUUCUUUCUUUCUUUCUUUCUUUCUUUCUUUCUCAUAUCACUCCAUUUUUUUGCCACUUUUAUAUUCUUUCUUUCUUUCUUUCUUUUUUUCUUUCUUUCUUUCUCAUAUCACUCCAUUUUCUUUGCCGCUUUUAUAUUCUUUCUUUCCUUCUUGCUUUCUUUCUUUUUUCUUUCUUAUGCCAGUCAUUCUGUUUUUCAUAUUACUUUCCUCCCGUUCUUUCUUUCUUUUUUCACAUUCAUUUCUUUUUCAUUACACCAGAGUAUAUAUAAUUUUCUUCCUUUACGCCUUUCUUUCUUUCUUUCUUUCUUUCUUUCUUUCUUUCUUUCUUUUUCUUUCUUUCUUUAUAUCUCUCCAUUUUCUUUGCCGCUUUUAUAUUCUUUCUUUCUUUCUUUCUUUCUUUCCUUCUUUCUUUCUUUCUUUCUUUCUUUCUUUUCGUUCUUUAUUCCCCCUCUUUCCUAUCUUUCUUUCUUUCUUUUCUUUUUUUUAAAUUCCUUACUCCCCCUCUCUUAA